AUGCCCGAGAAGCGCGUAAACAGGGAGCCACCAGGUCGCGAGCAGGGAGAGACGAUGCUUGAAAGAGGGGCUCUGGAGCGAUGGAAAACUAUGUCGGGCAUUGUGGGUAGUGCCUCAGGCAGCAUCCCGCGCUGCAUUAUUUCGCACGGCGCUGAUUGGCCGGCCGCGCAGCCACCAGAAUCUUCUCGGAGAAAUGGUUUCGCCGACGCCGCCGACCACGUGAGAGGGCGACCCGCCCGGCCUAUGGGAGGCUCGCUUGUGAGGGCGCUAAACCCCACGAAGCAUAGCGGGUACCGACGUACAACUCUCUUCCUACUCUCUCAUCAUAUUCCUUCCAUCGCCUCGCUGUUCCUCCACACCCUUCCAGCCCACCCCUCCCCCCACCUUUCCCCUUGUUUUGACCACCAUUAUUCCCCUCAUUCUCACCUCCUUCGGGGUCACCAAGCUAUGGACUCGACUGGCGUGGUGAUCCCAUCCUCCUCCGAACCCUCGAUGACGACAAUGGCCUUUACCAAUGGCUAUUCGGCCUCUCCUACCUCCGAACCCGCUAGCAUCAAGGAUCAGCUUGCCUCCAGUGACAGCGAGAGCGAAUCCGCCGCUUCGCCGGUGAACCAUGUCGCUCGCGACUCCUCGCCCGAAGCGGAGGCCGCGGACGAGUCAUACCACACCGGAUUUUUCGAUGCUGAGGGUGACGACGAUGACUUUCCGAUGGAGAACAGCCUGAAUGGUAGCAGCCACUCUAGUGCUGAAGAUUCGUCACCCGAUGCCAAACGCGGCACGAAACGGAAGUCACCGUCGGUUAAUGAAUCGGACUAUAUGAGACAGAACCCUGAUCUGUACGGGUUACGACGAAGCGGACGAGCGCGCACGACGCGUCAGUUGGCCGAUUCGCCUUCUGACUCCGAGUCCGAUGCAGUGGCAUCUCGCCCCAAGCGUCGGCGCCCCGUGGCCUCGCAGCCGUCGUCAAAGCGCCCCUCGCGUUCCGCUACUCAGUCACCCUACUCGGAAGAAUCCGAUAGCGAUGAGUAUGGGGGAAGCCGCGCUCGCACAAGUAAAGCGAAGCGUCGACGACUUCUCCAAGCCUCUGCGAAUCAACCUUCUCACGCCGAAGUCCGUUUUUCGACUAGAAAUGCUUCUAAGGUCUCCAACUACAACGAGGAUGAUGAUGACUCCAUGUUCGAGGAUGACCCUGAGGACCUCACACAAAACUACUGGGUCAACACCGUGGAGGAUGAUCGCCCAGCGAUUGACGUCGUGCUCAAUCAUCGCCUCAAGGAAGGUGUUGAUCUGACUGAUCCCAACCUUGGGCGCCAUGAUUUCGAAUACUAUAUAAAGUGGCAAGACAAGUCCCACUAUCAUGCUACAUGGGAAACAACCGAUUCUCUUGCAAAUUGCCGGAGUGUGCGCCGGCUUGACAACUACAUUCGAAGAUCAGUUUACGAAGAUAUUCGGCUGAACCAGGAAGAAGGCGUGCCCCCUGAGGACAGGGAAAAAUGGAAUCUUGAUCGAGAAAGAGACGUAGACGCUAUUGAGGACUACAAACAAGUUGAGAGAGUGAUCGGUAUGCGAGACGGUGACGAAGAAACCGAGUACUUCGUGAAGUGGAAGCGCCUAUUGUACGACUCGUGUACAUGGGAGGCGGAAGACCUCGUCAGUAAGAUCGCUCAACGCGAAAUAGACCGUUUUCUAGAUCGCUCCUCCCGUCCUCCCGUCUCGGACAAGACAGAAUCAAACCCUGCCACACGGAAGUCCUUUGAGACCAUCAAGGGCACGCCUAGUUUCUUACAGAACGGGGAGUUGAAAGAGUUCCAGGUAAAAGGUGUCAACUUCAUGGCUUUCAACUGGGUGAAGAACCGCAACGUUGUCCUUGCCGACGAGAUGGGUCUGGGUAAAACUGUGCAGACCGUUGCGUUCAUCAAUUGGCUUCGCCACGUUCGGCGUCAGCAGGGACCCUUCGUCGUCGUUGUUCCUCUCUCCACUAUGCCCUCAUGGGCGGAGACGUUUGACAAUUGGACUCCCGACUUGAAUUACAUUGUCUAUAACGGCAACGAAGCUGCCCGCAACGUCCUUCGAGAACAUGAGCUGAUGGUGGAUGAUAACCCCAAGCGACCCAAGUUCAACGUUCUCCUCACGACGUAUGAAUAUGUACUGCAAGAUUCGGCUUUCCUCAGCCAGUUCAAGUGGCAGUUCAUGGCUGUCGACGAAGCCCAUCGUCUCAAGAACCGGGAGUCCCAGUUAUACCAGAAAUUGCUGGAAUUCAGGGCCCCUUCUCGCCUUCUUAUCACGGGAACACCCAUCCAGAACAACCUUGCCGAAUUAUCUGCUCUGCUGGAUUUUUUGAACCCUGGCCUUGUAGAGAUCGACGUGGACAUGGACUUGAACGCCGAUGCGGCUUCCGAGAAGCUCGCAGAAUUAACGAAGGCCAUCCAACCUUUCAUGUUGCGUCGCACGAAAUCUAAAGUGGAAUCGGACCUGCCUCCAAAGACCGAAAAGAUCAUUCGAGUGGAACUCUCGGAUAUACAGCUGGAAUACUACAAGAACAUUCUGACCAAGAAUUAUGCUGCCUUGAACGAGGGCGCCAAGGGACAGAAGCAAUCUCUGUUGAACAUCAUGAUGGAACUUAAGAAAGCAAGUAACCAUCCUUUCAUGUUCCCCAAUGCUGAGGCAAGGAUCUUGGAAGGUAGCACCCGACGUGAGGAUUUAUUGAGAGCCAUGAUCACGAGCAGCGGUAAAAUGAUGCUUCUUGACCAGCUUCUUGCGAAACUCAAACGAGAUGGCCACCGAGUUCUGAUCUUCAGCCAAAUGGUGAAAAUGCUCGAUCUACUUGGUGAAUACAUGGAAUACCGGGGCUACACCUACCAACGUCUUGAUGGAACAAUCGCCGCGUCAUCUCGUCGCCUUGCCAUCGAGCAUUACAAUGCCCCUGGAAGCAGCGAUUUUGCCUUCAUUCUCUCCACCAGGGCCGGUGGUCUUGGAAUCAAUCUGAUGACCGCGGAUACUGUGGUCUUGUUCGACUCGGACUGGAAUCCCCAAGCCGAUCUUCAGGCUAUGGCUCGAGCACAUCGAAUUGGUCAAACCAGGCCCGUCAGCGUGUAUCGUUUGGUCUCUAAAGAUACCGUGGAAGAGGAGGUGAUUGAGCGUGCCCGGAACAAAUUACUUCUUGAGUUCAUCACUAUUCAGCGUGGUGUCACCGAUAAGGAAGCCACUGAAAUCCAGAGCAAGAUGGCCCGUUCCAUGGGUGAACCCAAUUCGACAGACGACAUCUCUCGUAUCCUCAAACGUCGUGGACAAAGAAUGUUUGAGCAAACAGGCAACCAAGAAAAGCUCGAGCAGCUCGACAUUGACUCGGUUCUUGCAAAUGCCGAAUUGCACCAGACUGAGCAAGCCGAGGAAAUUCAAGCAGAUGGAGGUGAAGAGUUCCUUAAAGCUUUUGAUUAUGUUGAUAUCAAGGUGGAUGAUCUCACGUGGGAUGAUAUUAUUCCGAAAGACCAGCUGGAGGAAAUCAAGGCCGAGGAAAAGAAGAAAGCCGAUGAGCGCUAUCUGGCGGAAGUUAUUGAACAAAACCGUCCGCGGAAACGCAUUGUUCCCCCAGAGGAACGGGACACUCGUGAGGAGCGGAAGGCCAAGAGACGAGCAAGAGCCCAGGUGAGCAUGGAAGGUAUUGGUGACGACUCCGAUUCAGCGCCUCAGUCUGAUCCGAAACGGCCUCUCAUUGAAAAAGAGUACCGUAACCUUUUGAAAGCGUACUUGCGCUACUGCGACAUCGACAAUCGGGAAGAUGACAUUAUCCGCGAAGCACGUUUGCUUGACCGUGACAAGGAAACUGUUUUGUCCGCUCUUCGGGAGAUCACGGAGAAGGCGGCUACCCUUGUACGAGAGGAUGUUGAGCGAAUGGAGGCUCUUGAGAAUGCAGGCAAGAUGCCAACGAAGAAGGAAAAGAAGGCCGUUCUCUUCGACCACAAUGGUGUCAAGCGUCUGAAUGCCUACACCAUCGUUGAACGACCCAAUGAGAUGCGCAUUCUCAAAGAGACCGUCAAUUCGGCGGCUGACCUUAAAAAUUUCCGUGUACCAGAAGCCACCAAGGCAGCUGAUUAUACGUGUUCAUGGGGUGCGCGGGAAGACGGCAUGCUUUGCAUCGGCAUUGCACGACACGGCUAUGGCGCAUGGACACAAAUCCGGGAUGACCCAGAUCUCGCCCUUGGCGAUAAAUUCUUCCUUGAAGAGCAUCGCGUUGAACGAAAGACAGAACGCAUGAAUGCCGAUGAUAAAUCCACCAAAUCUCCCGGAGCCGUGCAUCUUGUUCGCCGUGCGGACUACCUCUUGUCUGUCUUGAGAGAUAAAUCCACCAAUGGCGCGAAUGUCAAUGUCAAGCGAGCCGUCGAAAACCACCAUCGAAACAACCGGAAAGGGUCUAGGAACAAUGCAAGCAUCAGUGUAUCGGCGUCGCCGGCGCCGUCUAUUUCGCGCAAAGGUCAUCGUGAAUUCGAUCGGUCCAGACACCGUUCCAAUACCCGCGGUAUCCGCGAUAGUUCUGAGCGCCAUCACACACCAAGCCACGACUCCCGACCAAGGUCGGUGCAUGAUAGUGAUCGUCCCCGUCAUAGGACCUCUGAUGUUUCGAGUGAGGAUGUUCGCCGCCGCAAAAACAGCGAGAACGGGCACUCGACCGCGAAGGAAGACGUUGCUCGCUUGUUCUUCAGACCGAUCCGUGAUGACUUGAAACGCGUCUCGGGAGUUACGAAGGAGAAUUUCGCUAACAAGACUGAGCGUGCCCUUGAGCUUCGGAGUCUGCUUCAAAAGAUUGGCGACUUUAUAGACCGCAACUUGAAAGGGGAUAGCUCCAUUUCGUCCCUUGAUACUCGUCUAUGGCAUUUCGUUGCUGUCAAUUAUUGGCCUAAUAAGGAGGCAGGAGGAAACAAACUUCAAGAAAUGUAUCAAAAACUCAGGGCUGUUAAAAAGGAACCGACCGCAGCCAAGCCCACGUCCAAUGGGAACUAG